AAAUAAACUGCGUAGAUUACAUCCUCCCUCCGACUUGCAUCACGACAUCGUGCUAUAAAAACCGCCCCUGUAUCCCGUUGAAGCAGUACCUCGUCUGCCUUUGUAGUGAACCGAAGCAUCUAUCAGGACUGAGAACAUGAACAGCCUUCCUAUAAUCUUCCUCGUGUCGGUAUGUUGUGCACUCGGGUAUAGCAGAUCAAUGAAUACACUAUGGAGUGCAAAUCCCAAUCAAAUGGGCAUACCUUUUAAUCAGGGACAACCUCGGGGUCAAGGUCAGGUGAACCAGUACGCACCUUCAUUGCCAGGUCAAGGUCAAAUUCAAGGUCAAGUUCCCAAUCAGCCACCGAUGCCUCAAUAUGGUGGUUUCCCUGGCUUCCUCAACAACCCUCAGGCCUUGGCGCAGUUCCAGCAGUUCCUGAGCUACAUGAUGAUGAGAAACCGGCGCCUUGUUCCAGGGCAAAGCUUCACCAACGACCCCAGGUUCCCCGGGGGCAGGGGUAUUGUAACAAGAGGGGAUGGGAGUGAUGGGACGGUGGUCAGCCCUGAUGGGACGGUGACAUCUGUUGACGGUUCUGACAUCUCAAGAGAAGGAGGGAUAUAUGGUCGUUAAUGGACUCAAAAAUAUAUAUCCAUGCUUUAAAUUAUUCCAUUUAGAUAUAGUGAGCGUGUGUUUCUUUUUCAGACCAUUCCUGCGGGACAGGGACGUUUUAUAUUAUUUUCUGUUGCCUCGUUUGUGGCUUUGUUGGGUCAAUGGAUGGUCAUCGGCGUGUAACAUCCUGGUCAAGAGUUAUGUCCAGUCUGGAUUGUGUACCAUGUCACCCCGUCCGACUCGGUGCUAUGUGACACAUGUUUUAUAGUAUACGAUCUUUUGAACAUUGCUGUCGUGUCUUAGAACCCAAAUAAAUCUUUUUUAUCACAA